CUAUGUUGGAACAGUGAAACCAUAAAGAUAAGCUGUUUUUUGGAAAUGAAAAGGGAGAAAGAAAAUCGGCGAGCUCGAUGUCGCAGGCGUUCGAGGAUUAUCGAAAAUGGCAAAAGCUAAGUUGGAAGUUUCUCACUCAAAGUCAAAAGCUUCAAGACAGAUAAACACAGUGAUAAAAGGAUUCAAAUCAUCAAAUCGUCCGUCAUUUCAUCCCAUCAAAACCUCACCUUCAAAACUCGAAAUUUCGACAAUUGUAUAUAAAUAUAAUGCGAGCCCUAAAGGGCUGUGCUGGGAUUAGUAGUUUUCUACUUGUAUGUACCUGUUGUGUCUGAGUGUGUGUGCUUAUAUAUGUUUGUGUGUGUGUGAAAGAGAAUAGAGAGAGAGAGAGUGUGUGAGUUAAAGACCACAGAAUCCCAAUGUUGCGGCUGUAUCUUGUUGGAUGGUGUUGGUCCAUCAUCAAUCAAAAUAAUACUAUAAUUAUUACUCCAUUUUGGUAAGGAUAGAUCACGGAUAAAUCAUAUCAAGAAGAAAUUAAGAUCUAUGGCGGCGAAAGCAGCAUUUGGUUUAGUCCCUGAGGCUGAAGAGGUUGCCCUAAUGACUACCACGUCUUGCGGUGAAGGCCAAGGCGGCGGCGGCAAGCUGGUCCGAAAGAGGGCGGCGUCGGAGAUGGAGAUGGAUUUGGACGGCGGCGAUAGGUUAAUUUGUCGGCGGACAAGUAAUUAUCCUAAUCCAUUAACCCCCAACUACUCCACUAGACCCAAUUUCAAUGAAAGCAGCAGCCAGCCUUUGCCUUUGCCUUUGCCUUUGCCUUCUGUGUGUGUUUUCUCCGGUCUGCCUCUUUUCCCUCCGGCGCCGGACCGAAACAGCCAGUCUCCGAUGGAGGACACGAUCGACGGCAUCAUCCGAGAUCUCAUCCACUCCUCUUCCCACGUCUCCAUCCCUCAGCUCAUCCUCAACGUCAGAGAAAUCAUCCACCCUUGCAACCCCAACCUCGCCGCCCUCCUCGAGCAGCGCCUCCGCUCUCUCGACGACAGGAGGAGAAAGCCACCGCCCCAACAACCUCAACCAAUCAACAACAAUGUAUUGCUCUCCCAGGUGGGGUUUGGUGCUAAUGACCCCUUGACUGAUUGGUCCUCUCCCAGCACCCACAUCCUCUUCCAUCACAACAAUAUUCCUCCUCCUCCGACUCCUGCUACUGCUGCUACUACUGCUGCUGCUGCUGCUGCCACGACGACGAUGACUUCCUUUGUCACAAUGGACCAUAUUAUUCAGGCAGAGCCACAAGAGCAGCCCAACCAGAAGAGCCCAUCAUCCACUUCCCCAUCAGCCACCAUAAGGGAGAGGAAAGAGGAGCGACGGCAACAAGAGAAAGACGAGCAAGGACUCCACCUCCUAACGCUACUCCUCCAAUGUGCCGAGGCAGUAUCAGCCGACAACUUGGAGGAGGCAAACAGGAUGUUGCUCGAGAUCUCGCAAGUGGCCACCCCAUUCGGGACGUCUGCCCAGCGCGUCGCGGCCUACUUCUCUGAGGCAAUGUCCGCUAGAAUAGUCAGCUCGUGCUUGGGAAUAUACGCCGCGCUGCCAACUGUGCCACACGCCCAGAAGCUCGCCUCCGCGUUUCAGGUGUUCAACGGGAUCAGCCCUUUCGUCAAGUUCUCGCAUUUCACAGCCAACCAAGCAAUUCAAGAGGCCUUCGAGAGGGAAGAUAGAGUCCACAUUAUAGAUCUGGACAUAAUGCAGGGCCUGCAGUGGCCCGGUCUCUUCCACAUACUCGCCUCCCGCCCCGGUGGACCUCCCUUUGUCCGCCUCACCGGUUUGGGAAAUUCCACCGAAGCCCUCCAAGCCACCGGGAAGCGCCUAUCCGAUUUCGCUGACAAAUUGGGAUUGCCCUUCGAGUUUUGCCCCCUCGCCGAUAAAGUUGGCAACCUCAACCCUGAGAAGCUCAAUAUCAGCAAGAGAGAGGCUGUUGCUGUCCACUGGCUGCAGCAUUCACUCUACGAUGUCACUGGCUCCGACACCAAUACCCUCGGCCUCUUGCAGCGAUUAUCUCCGAAGGUGGUGACGGUUGUGGAGCAAGACCUGAGCCACGCGGGUUCGUUUCUAGGGAGGUUCGUGGAAGCGAUCCACUAUUACUCAGCACUGUUUGAUUCGCUGGGAGCUUGUUACGGGGAAGAGAACGAGGAAAGGCAUGUCGUUGAGCAGCAGCUAUUGUCGAGGGAGAUAAGGAACGUGUUGAGCGUUGGUGGGCCGUCGAGGAGGGGAGAGAUCAAGUUCAACAACUGGAGGGAGAAGCUUGAGCAGUCUGGAUUCAAGGGCAUAUCUCUGGCAGGCAAUGCCGCCUCGCAAGCUACACUCCUGCUAGGGAUGUUCCCUUCCGAUGGAUACACUUUAGUCGAAGACAACGGCGCCCUCAAGCUCGGCUGGAAGGAUCUCUGUUUGCUCACUGCCUCUGCCUGGCGCCCCUCCCCCCAUUAGCUUCAUUUUCUUCUUGCUUUACUGCUCACAAACUUGUUUUUUCAGCAACAAUUACACAUUUACUAUUUACCUUUUACUAUUUACUUUC